AUGCUUCAUCCAAACAAUACCCAAUUCCACCCUGCUUCCUUUGUUCUGAUGGGCAUUCCAGGGCUGGAACGUGUGCACAUCUGGAUUGGCUUCCCCUUCUUUGUGGUAUAUCUCAUCGCUCUCCUAGGCAACGUCACCAUCCUCUUUGUGAUCCAGACUGAACAGAACCUCCACCAACCCAUGUUUUACUUCUUGGCCAUGCUGGCCUGCACUGACCUUGGCUUGUCCACAGCCACCAUCCCCAAGAUGCUGGGCAUUUUCUGGUUCAAUCUCAGGGACAUUGUUUUUGGUGCUUGCAUCACACAAAUGUACACUAUUCAUAUAUUCACUGGCCUGGAGUCUGUGGUGCUGACAGUCAUGGCCAUAGAUCGCUAUAUUGCCAUCUGCAACCCCCUGAGAUAUAACAUGAUCCUUACCAAUAAGGUAAUAGCCAUCUUGGCCAUAGUCGUCAUAGUCAGGAAUUUGGUGUUUAUGACUCCAUUUAUAUUUCUCAUCCUGAGAUUGCCUUUCUGUGGUGUGCGGCUUAUCCCCCACACCUACUGUGAACACAUGGGCUUGGCAAAGUUGGCUUGUGCCGAUAUUAGGGUCAAUGUUAUCUAUGGCUUGGUUGCUUUCUCAGUGGGAUACAUUGACCUUUCUGUGAUUGGAUUUUCCUACAUCCAAAUCUUGAGAGCAGUCUUUCACCUGCCAUCCUGGGAAGCCCGGCUCAAAGCUCUCAGCACAUGUGGCUCCCAUGUGUGCGUCAUCUUAGCUUUCUACCUGCCAGCCUUCUUCUCCUUCAUGACACAUCGCUUUGGCCACAGUAUCCCUCAUUACAUCCAUAUACUUCUGGCCAACAUGUACGUGGUUGUUCCCCCUGCUCUUAACCCUGUUAUCUAUGGAGUCAGGACAAAACAGAUAAGAGAGUGUGUACUCAGGAUGCUUAACCCUGAAAGUUGUUGA